GCUAGUGUGAAUGCAACCUUAUUUGCCCACGUGCGUAUUGCCUUAGCCAUUACCUUGCAUCUAUACAUAUGCCGCUAGGGCAGCUUUUGCAGGGGCCAAGCGAUUCACAAGGCAGCACAAACGGCAAGUGCGUGGAUGGGUCAGGAGAGCGGGAGAGACGAUGACAGGGUUGGCCUCGGCUGCAUCAGGGGGCAUGCGCGUGUCGAAACCCUGACAGUGUGCACAACCAACUUGCCCCCGUUUUUAAGGCGGCACUUCUACAUGCCCACGGUGGCUUGUAUGCAACACGAAAUCUACAUCGCUAGCUCAAAGCGCACGGCGUCACGCCUUGGCAGUCGCCACAACACGGUCUUGCUCUUCUGCUCGGAUUGGUUGCCAUGAGAGAAUUGCGACGUUAGCAUCUGUUCCUGGGCCUGUCAGAGCAAGAGCGGCGGCCUGGCCAACUCGCGAACAACCCGUGUUGACUGUGCUCGCUGACGGCGUCCUAUAACCGGCCAGUCGCUGUAGCCAUUGAAAGAUGAAUGCAUUACUGCUGCGGAAUUUGGGCGGGCUGCGGCGAAGCAGCUCGCUUGUGUCUUUUGCCGAAUACAAGCAAUCCGAGGCGUCAAACCCCCAGAUGUCCUCAGUUACGUCUGAAGGGACGCUGCUCGAGUACGAAACGCUGGAGCUACGCAUCCACCCGCCAAACGUGGUUAUUGACAACGAGACAUACGAGGAUGUCACAGUGAUUACCAUCGACAGCGCGAACCGGCCUGGGACGCUUAUCGAGGUGGUGCAGUGCUUGACCGAGCUGGGCCUCAGUAUCCGGUGUGCCCGUAUCUCCUCCGACGGCGGCUGGUUUGUUGACGAGUUCUUUGUGACGGAGACGCCCAAAGGCAAAAUCCUUGACCAGCGCAAAAUCAACAUUAUCCGCAAGGUUUUGAGCAUCGAGACAGACGCGGAGCGCACGGCACGAGACAAGGAGCUGUGCACCGUGUUCGAGCUAGCUGGGCGCGACCGGCACGGGCUGCUUGCGGCGGUGCUGCAGCUGCUUGUGGUGAAUGGUUGCGAGGUGCUUAGCGCGGCGGUGUGGACGUUUCAUGACCGGGUGGCCCUAGUCAUCAGCGCCACGGAGCGCGGGGCCCCGGUGGUGGAUCCGCCCAAACUGGACCGGCUAGAGCAGAUCCUGUACGACAUGCUGGGUGGCGGCGACGCGGUGGUCAACAGCGAGAUGGUGCGCGGCGACGUGCACCACGAGCGGCGGCUGCACCACCUGCUGCUGCUGGAGGAGCUCAAGGCCUGGGAGCAGCAGUACGUGGCGCAGGCGGUGACGCCCACGCACGGCGCCUCCACACACGGCUCCACGGUGCCCACCUCCAACGGCCACUCCGCCCUGCCGCCGGCCUCAACGGCAGGCAGCGCCGCCGCCGCGGCGACGGACGCAUACGCCGCUCAGGCUGCGGCGGUGGCCGCGGCCGCGGCAGCUGUGACCGCGGACGCAGGCUUGGCUGCUCCCGCCUUUGGCCGGACCUCCAUCCACGCCGGCACGCCGGUGAUUGCGGCGGCCGGCCCGGUGGGCCUUCCGCCGCGCGCACCCAGCCCCGCGCCAGCAUCGGCCUUCGCCGGCGGCGCCAACGCGGCCCCCGGCGCCAGCACGCUGCAGGCGGAGGGCAGCGGCAACCUGGCCAACAGCGGCAUCUCGGCGCAUGGCUACACCUCGGCGGGCUUCCCGCAGGCGGACGAGGGCGGCGCAGCUUGCCCGCACGGCGCCGCCGGCACGGGCAGUGCGGGCGCCAACGCCGGACUGGGUGCGGAGGCCAGCGGCGGCUUUGCGGCGGCGCCCGCCGGGCCGUUCGAUGAGGGCCCGCACCUGGGUCGCUGCGGCUCGAAUGAGGGGCCGCUGGGAGCACUGGGCGUGCACGGCGUUCACGGGCUGGGUGUCUCGGAGCCGCUGAUCGAUGUGGGUCUGGACCUGCCGGCGGCGGUGCAGCUGCAGGAGCAGGGUGCGCUGUGUAUGGACCGCCGGCGCAGCACGGCAGGGCCGGGCGGGCUGCCGGCGGUGGUGGGCCCGGACGGCAUUCCCCUGUCGCCGCAGGCCACGGCCGACGGCACCGUAUUCGGGCGGGCGCCCCCGGGUGGUGGCGCGGGCGCGAGUGGCGAGAUCCAGCGCGCCACCAGCAGCAAUGCGCUGACGGGUAUGGGCAGCGGCGGCGGUGGCCUGGUGGCGGGCAGCGCGGUGGUCGGCGUUCCGCCGGGGCUGCCUCCGCUGAUGCCCUCGCGGCAGACCAGCACCCGCACCAUGACCGUGACGGGGGAGGAGGGCGAGACGGGGCAGGCGGUGCCGCCGCCAGCGCCCACGGCCGUGCCGCCGUCGCUGGGCGGCGCCGCGGUGUCGACCGCGGAGGGCGGGCCGGCGGCCGCGCUGACGGGCAGCGCGGGCGGCGCGGCGCAGGACCAACUGGCGCCGCUGCGGCGGAGUGAGGUGCGCAUCCAGCACUCGACGCUGCUCAACUAUUGGCUGGUGACCAUCCGCUGCCGCGACCGCAACAAGCUGUUCUUCGACACGGUGUGCACUCUCGCCGACAUGAACUACGACAUCUACCACGCCACCAUCGACUCGGAGGGUGACGCCGCCAGCCAGCUCUUCUACGUGCGGCCCCGGUACGGCGAGUGUGUGUGGGACGAGCGCCGUGCCGCCAAGCUACGCUACAUGCUGGAGAGUGCGGUGCAGCGCCGCUUCCCGCGCGGCACCAAGGUUUGCGUGCAGUCGGGCGACCGCUCCUCGCUGGUUGCGCUCUUCUCCGCACUCAGCAGCGGCGGCUUCUGGAUUACCCGUGCGGACGUCCGCGCACACGGCCAUGACAACGCGGUGUUUGAGUUCACCAUCACCGACACGCGCGGACAGCUGCCGGAGCAGACGCACGUGCAGCGCAUCUGCGAGGCAGUGGGCGGCGUGCUCACACCCGACGUGUACGCGCCCGUGGGCGGCACGCAGAACGGCAACACUUCAUCGCGGAUGACUGCGGGGCGUGCGGGCGGCGGACCAGGCGGCGGCGUGAUGCAGGGCACCUUCCGCUUCAGCAUACUGGAGAGGCGCUGGAAGCAGGGGUGGAACGGCGCGCAGGGCGGCGGCGGCGGCGCGGGUGGCAGCUCGUACGACAGCGCAAUUUCGUCUGGCUCUAUGUAGAACGUCGUACAGAUCGGGCGACUGACGCGACACGUUGAAGCAGCGGCCAGGGGUAGACGGUAGGACUAGCGCACAUGCAUGCGGGAAAGGCACGGGGGCCUUGUAAGUGCAGGUUGGCCAUUCUACUAUCGGGGCCUCUUUAAUUGCUAGGCGAAGUGACGGUUGCGGUCGUGGCAGUGGACUAGGGCGGUAGCAUACGCUUGUGGGACUAACUUGCUGGAUGUUUGGUCCUCAGACUUUAUUCCGGACGCCAACUGAAUGGCAAUGACGUAUUUGGGGCGCAGCCCGGCGUGUUUAUGUGUCAGAAAAGGACGCGAAGCAUCGUGCUGGCUGAUACAUGGACUUCCAUGGUGGAAUGGCAAUUGCGCCCUGUAUGAUCUGCAGUAAGAUCUGCACUCUCAUCGAGAAACGAGGCACACGUGUGCCCUCCGUGUCGUGAUGCCGUGAUGGGCCGGUGACAGACACGGAAGUAACAUACUCAAACAC